CAUCGAUAUUAUUGGUGGACAUUAACUUCGGAUGAAUUCAAAUUUUCGAAAUAUAUGUGGAACGGAAGUGACAACCAUUUUGCCCCGGUUCGGCAAAGAAAGCGGAGCGGACGAAGGGGAACGCGGGAGAUGAAAUGCUCGAAAAUGUUAGAAAUUACUCGGACCCGCGACUGCUAAACCGCAUCGGCUGCAGCAGCGGAGGAAAGGACGCGAUGUCGGGGUUAAAUGUCGGGCGGGAUAUCAAUGGCAGAUGUUUCGUAUCGCCGCCGGAUCGAAGCCCACGUUCUUCGUCCCUCGGCCCUUUGUUUCCGAUGGCACGAUGGGGAAGCAGAUACCGAGGAAGGAACGCGUCCUCAAAGAACGCUUCUGCCGAUCAAUGUGCGAAGCUCGGAACUAACAAGAGGAGGUCCGCAUCCGUGGGCACGUCGUCGCGAGAGACACGCUCUUCGAAGGACGAAAACUCCGUGAAAUGCCGCGCGAUGAGAUCGCAAGGUCCGCGGCUUCUUUCUUCACAGAAGGAAAACAAGAAGGACGUGAAGACGGCUGAACACGUGCCGGGGCACAAGGGCCGUUUGUUCAGCGACGAGACGAGCGACGGUACGGACGAUCCAAUUUACAAUUUACGGAAGGAAAUACGCGACUGGAGGGCGUCCGGACAAUUAAACGAACGCCUCAUUACCGAAGAUGAAACAAAAGAGGACGUGCUGCGAGUGGAUUACGGCCAAGUUACCGCGAAGAAUCCAACAGAUCCAGAUGUUCUCCCCGGAUUGCCGAGCGUCGUCAUUCGAUUGACGUGAGUACAUCUCAAUGUCUUAUCGCGGACGAUAUUCUCCGCAUUUAUUGGAACUCUUUUAUUCGCUUGCGUGAAUAGCGAAACUCGCGCGAAUUUCGCGGAAACGAGUCAUUAUCCCGGAUCGUAUAUGCCGGGAUGAUCGCUUCGUUAGGCAUUCAGCCGAUUACACGUAGCGAUACGUCGCGACAGACGGAGUGCGAUUACAUAUUCGCUCGAUUUGGUAACAACUUUUUCCGAGAAUCACCCAUCGAUGAGAUAUAACUGCUACGAUUUGACUUUUUGCAAUUCAACCGACUGUUUCGUACGUUCGGUAACGAGAUUUAUUUAGCGAAUAAUUUUAUCUUUUUUCCAACUUUUCCUGCUGCAAUUUUUGCAAUUCGACCGUUUUAUCAAGACAAAUCCUCUUCCUCGUAGGAAUUAUUAUCUCGCAGAUAUCCUCAUACCGGCUCACUUUCUUGCAACUCACUCCCCUCGAUCCGACCGAUUGCUUUCGCGAUCGCAUUUCCGCGCUUUUUCGCGCGAGCGCCCUUUUUCUACGAAUAUCGUGCUUCAGCUUCGCUCUCGCGCGAUUUAUCGAGCGCGACUACUUUCUUGUCGCGAUUUAUAAUAAGCUUUUUACCCGGCACUGCUCUCCGGGUGUACGAAUAAUAACGCGCGCGAGUGAUUUCUCGUCAGUGUCCCAAGCAGCCUGAGAAAACUACUACUCGACCUGAAGGUCACCGUGGAGUAUCGUGGAGUGUCCCGGAAUUACGUUCUUCCAACUUCUAACGGAAUCUACGACCAAUUCGGUUUCUCCUUAGCGGGGAUGACGAGGGAAGUUGUUUCUCUUCUUCUCGGGCUUACUUCGCUCUCUCAUCAGUUGAAAGUUACACAAAAGUGUUUUCAAUCGAAUUAACAAUUCAAAAGUUGCAGGUGCGCCUUGACAUUUCCGUCCGAGGAAAACGCCGAGAGGCGUCCGGGGCGGAAAGAACAACGAUUUCGGGAAUAGCCUGCCGGUAACGAACUUGUCGGACGAGGUGUCGAUCGAUGGCAAAAAAAAAAAAGGAAGAAUAAGGAAAUGAGAGGAAUCAUCACGACGAUUAUUUGCCUUCGCAGCGGCGACACGUGCGCGAACGAUCUCCGGCACGAGCGACCGCGAUGGGAUUAACAUGCAGCGUCGAUGAGCGAGGGAAGCAGCAGCGACGACCACGAAUGCGUGCUUCUUCCAUGGUCGAGGACGAAUUCGGCGGAUUCGCGCGUUCGUCAUUCGAGGCACGGAGCGGCGCCGAAAAUAUUUUUACUACGCGGCACGCGUGCCGCAUGCGUCUCGGCUCAUUAGCUGCGGCCAUUGUUCUCACUAACCUACAGCACUGUGCCUCAUUAUCAUUUUUCAUUCGUGACGGCACUGUUAAAGGUCCCCAUCGCGCGCUUUUACGAAAAUUAAACACACCUGCGCCGCGCCAGGCUCGCAUCUUUGUCGUGUAUCGCGAGAAAUGAACGAAUCGACCCUUCGUCCGCUCCUCCUUCAUGCGGCUAAAUUAGAUCGCGUCUCAGCGAUACAAGAAUGAGAUUAAUUUCUCUCGCGUACUCUAAUCUCGUUUCUCUACCGAUGGAAAAUAGCCCUUUCUCUCUUGUCUACACUGUGAGAGAAGCAGUUCUAAAAAAAAAAGUUUCUUCGAUAUUUUUUCUCUCAAUAUGUGAAUUUGAAAAUAUCGCGGAUGAAUUGGGUGGGUGGCCCGACGGAACAAUUUAAUUGACGCGGAUCAAUAUCCGAGCCGAGGGGAGAUUAAAAGGACACACGAUGGAGACUCGCUCCGUGAAAUUGAGUUCCUGAUCCUCGUAUCGAAAAAUCCCACUCCUGAUCUCAGGGAGAUUCGGCUAUUCGAUUUCAUAUAAUGAGUUUUAUAUCGACUAUUCUUCCGUGUCGUGUGUAUACUUGUAGCAUGACGGGGCGUACAAUAAAUACUCGCCGACGUCGAUCUCGAACGACCGAGCGAAAUAAUCCA